GAUCAUAGUAACCAAAGAAUAGUACUAAUAACUUAAAUUAUACUUUUAUCUACUAUUAGCAAAGCAUUUUUUCAAAAUUUGUCAAAGAUUUUACUUGCUAUAACUUGGGACAUUUCUUUUUUAACUUUUGAUAAAUUCCGAGUCAAAACGAUAGUUCCUCGAUAAAAUAUGGACCAGAAUAACGAGGGGGAGCAACUUCAGGCAGAGGAACCUGAGCUCGAUCCUGCUCUUAAUAUUCGCGACGCCGUCAGAGCUUUCAUUCAAGCCUUACCAGAGGAAGACCAUGAUGCCGAUUUGGCAAACGGAAAUGUCCAGCUCCUGUCGCCAUAUAUCUGCAGGCACUGUAGGGACUACGUCCGCGGUGGUGUGAUCACUAUUUGCGGACACAUGUUCUGUUGGACAUGCCUGUGGCCACUCCUAGUAGAAAGCCCAUCUCCGGUGUGUCCGCUGUGCCAGACUGAACUGAUUCUGCACGUCGACAUCAUACCCUUUUAUGGCGAGGGACCCAAUUCAGGAGCGGCAGACGGCGAGUUUCUGGCCGAGCCGGGAGCAGUUCCUCGUCCCUCAGGUAUAUGCUUUGCAGAGCCUAAUGAGGAUGUGGCCCAACAUGGGGGUAUCAAUGCGCGUAUUGUGGAUCAAUACUUCGCGCAGCGGGUCCAGUGGCUCAAAAGGAAAUUGUCGUUUCCUAGGAUCAAACUCACAGUGACAUAUCUUCAGUGGCUGCAGGUCAUCUGCGUCAUUUUAAUGCUACUUGUGUGGCAGUUUGUCUAAAUGACCUAAUGAACUUAUUACCCAAUGCUUCACUUUGCUUAAUUCCUUUUAAAUGCAACUGAGACCUGACCAAUGCAGAAUGUCUGCAAGUGUUUUAAAUUUUCAAUAUAAAAUAUGAAUUUCAAUAUAAAAAAUCAAUCUAAACUUAAUAAAUUCCCUAAGAAGAAGGUUUACUAUUAUUUAA